CCCCGCGGCCCCGCCCGCGCCCGCGCCCCCGGGCCGCGCCCCCGCCCCCCAUGCACCACCUCCUGGAGCAGUCCGCGGACAUGGCGACGGCGCUGCUGGCCGGGGAGAAGCUGCGCGAGCUGAUCCUGCCCGGCGCGCAGGACGACAAGGCGGGCGCGUUGGCCGCGCUGCUGCUGCAGCUCAAGCUCGAGCUGCCCUUCGACCGCGUGGUCACCAUCGGCACCGUGCUCGUCCCCAUCCUGCUGGUCACCCUGGUAUUCACCAAGAACUUCGCAGAGGAGCCCAUUUACUGCUACACGCCGCACAACUUCACUCGCGACCAGGCGCUGUAUGCUCGUGGCUACUGCUGGACGGAGCUGCGGGACGCACUGCCCGGCGUGGACGCCAGCCUGUGGCCGUCGCUGUUUGAGCACAAGCUGCUGCCCUACUCGCUGCUGGCCUUCGCGGCCAUCAUGUAUGUGCCGGCGCUGGGCUGGGAGUUCCUGGCCUCCACCCGCCUCACCUCCGAGCUCAACUUCCUGCUGCAGGAGAUCGACAACUGCUACCACCGCGCAGCCGAGGGCCGCGCCCCCAAGAUCGAAAAGCAGAUCCAGUCCAAGGGGCCCGGCAUCACGGAGCGCGAGCGGCGCGAGAUCAUCGAGAACGCGGAGAAGGAGAAGAGCCCCGAGCAGAACCUGUUCGAGAAGUACCUGGAGCGCCGCGGCCGCAGCAACUUCCUGGCCAAGCUGUACCUGGCGCGGCACCUGCUCAUCCUGCUGCUCAGCGUGGCGCCCAUCUCCUACCUAUGCACCUACUACGCCACCCAGAAGCAGAACGAGUUCACGUGCGCCCUGGGCGCGGCCCCCGACGGGCCGGCUGGUGCGGGCCCCGCGGUGCGCGUCAGCUGCAAGCUGCCGUCGGUGCAGCUGCAGCGCAUCGUGGCCGGCGUGGACAUCGUGCUGCUGUGCGCCAUGAACCUCAUCAUCCUCGUCAACCUCAUCCACCUGUUCAUCUUCCGCAAGAGCAACUUCAUCUUCGACAAGCUGCACAAGGUGGGCAUCAAGACGCGCCGGCAGUGGCGCCGCUCCCAGUUCUGCGACAUCAACAUCCUGGCCAUGUUCUGCAACGAGAACCGCGACCACAUCAAGUCGCUCAACCGGCUGGACUUCAUCACCAACGAGAGCGACCUCAUGUACGACAACGUGGUGCGGCAGCUGCUGGCCGCGCUGGCCCAGUCCAACCACGACGCCACGCCCACCGUGCGCGACGCGGGGGUGCAGACGGCCGACCCCAGCGCCAACCCCGCCGAGCCCGACGGCGCCGCCGAGCCGCCCGUCGUCAAGCGGCCGCGCAGGAAGAUGAAGUGGAUCCCCACGGGCAACCCGCUGCCGCAGCCCUUCAAGGAGCCGCUGGCCAUCAUGCGCGUGGACAACAGCAAGGCCGACAAGCCCAAGCCCGUGCGCCGCAAGACGGCCACGGACACGCUGAUCGCGCCGCUGCUGGACGCGGGCGCGCGCGCCGCGCACCACUACAAGGGCGGCGGGGCCGACGCGGGGCCGGCGCCCGACAAGAAGCACGCGCGCCACUUCUCCCUGGACGUGCACCCCUACAUCCUGGGCACCAAGAAGGCCAAGCCCGAGGCCGUGCCCGCCGCCGCCCUGCCCGCCUCCCGGAGCCAGGAAGGGGGUUUCCUGUCCCAGGCGGAGGAGUGCGCGCUGGGCUUGGCCGCAGCACCCACCAAAGACACUCCGCUCCCUGAGAAGGAGAUCCUGUACCCAGCAGAGCCCGCCCGGGCGGCACUUCCUUCCGGGGGCCCAUUUCACGUUUGCUCGCCCCCAGCGGCCCCCACCACGGCCCCUCUGUCGCCAGCCAGUCUGGGCAAAGCCGACCCCCUCGCCAUCCUGAGCCGCAACGCCACGCACCCGCUGCUGCACAUCGGCACGCUGUACGAAGCCCGGGAAGAGGAGGACGGGGGUCCCCGCGCGGCCCCGGACGUGGGCAGUCUCCUUGCCAUCCCCCCCCCGCAGCAGAUCCUCAUCGCCACGUUCGACGAGCCGAGGACGGUAGUGAGUACCGUGGAGUUCUGAGCAAUGGGGCCGCCCGGGCCACCGCCGUCCCCUCCGCGUGUCCAGGGAGCGCCGCUGACCCCAGCCCAACGUGGACGGGGCCUCUGCUUCGCCCAGCACCGCCCGCCCCUCCUGGCCUCCUGUCCGCAUGCCACGGGGCCGACUCCUUGCCCACCCGGCCCCCAAGACAGCAUCGCUGGCCUGCUGGCUGGGCCGGGGGCUGGCCUUGAGCCCGGCGGAGCACCCCCCCCCCCCACCAGCCAGAAAGGCCUGGAGCCGCCCCCCCACCCCCAAUCAGGCACUCGGCUGCAAGGUGAAGAGUUUAUUUUUUUAGUCAAUUCUGUUCUGGGCCCAGGCGGAAGCAGGACAGCUCUGGGCCUGAGUCUGGAAGGAAGCUGGGGGUGACCCCACCUCCGGGCCUGGCUGUGCACAGGGCCGUGCUCAGGACCCGCUCCUGCACUGGGAGGUGCCGGGGCCCCCUCCGUCAGACCGACAUGCACUUUCUCCCUGUCUCCCGACCUGCCUGUCCUCUGCUUUACUAGGGCCACUGUAACUACCGAGGGGGGCGCUGCCAGGCACAGGGCGGUGUGUGCGUGCGCGCGUGACCACGAGGACGUGCAUGGAUGUGUGUGUGAGUGGGCGUGAGCGCGGACGCACGGCGGUGUGACCGGGCACGGGGCUGAGACCGUGUGGACGCCCGCGUGCAAGGCAAGGAAUCCAACGCAAUAACCAUGUCCCCCACCCAGGCCCCCAGCCCCCCACCCGAGGCCCCACAUGGCUUCCCGUGGGCACCCAGGGCUGGCGCGGAGGGUCUGCCCCUAUUACCUCAGCCACGGUGACAACGGGACAGUAUUAACAAGGUAGCACCGAGCAGAUCAAUAAAUAUUAUUCUGAUA